AUGGAGCCAUUUAGGUCACCUGAUCAACGUAGACUUUAUGAUAACAGUUACCCAGUGGUAGAAGACUCCAAACUUUCAUAUGAAAAAUUGCAAAAAUACCAACUUGCAAACCACCAGCCUGAAAAUGAAGUGGAAAUAACUCUGAGCAACCCACUCAUAAAAGAUUCACUUUUAAAAUAUGUUGUCUAUUCCAUCAAUGGGAAAGACAAAACAGGCACGUUUGAAGCUUACAGGCGAUACAAAGAUUUUGAAGCUUUGAGAACACUGCUGAUUCGGCACUGGCCAGGCUGCGUGAUUCCUAAAAUCCCUCCAAAGCAGACUUUAGGAAACUUAGAAGGAGACUUCAUCGAGCAACGUCGGAAAUUGCUUGAAGCUUUCUUGGUCAGGGUAGCAAAUACUUCAUAUCUCCACCAAUCCGAAGAGUUCCACAUGUUUUUAAGAGGCCCAAAUGAAUAUCACAAAGCCAUUGCAAAUUUCAGAAGGCCAACAUACGAUCAGCUUGCUGCUACAUAUCAAUCAAUAUUUCCAAGUUUUGCUGAGUUUCAAGUUACUGAUAGUAUUCAAAAAGAAUUAGAAGAAGCUUUUAAAUAUUUUCAACAAGGCCAAAUCACAUUGGAAAUUUUCCAUGGGAAAAGCAAAAUGUGUGUCGACUAUUUUGGCUACUAUAAAAAUGAGCUUUUUGGAAUGUUCCAAGGGCUUAAAGGGAUUAAUAGCCAGUAUUUAGAGUCAAAAAAUGAAAUCCAAUUUGAUCUGUUGGAAAGUAAAGAAAACCCUUAUGGGGAGUUAUUAGAUUGAAUCAGAGUUGAAAUCUUGGACAUGGGGGGGAUGGUUGAAGCUUUUAAAAAGAAAAAAGAAUACGAAAGAAUCAAAGAAAAAAUUGCGGAGAGAAUUGACGAAGAAAGAAAAAAGCUUCUAAAUCUACAAUUGGAUAAGAAAACUGUUAUGCAAAUUCUUGUAAGAAAACCUAAAGAAUACUACACUGAUAAAAUAUCGAAAACAAUCCAAGACUUGGAAACAGAGCUAAGGAGCAUCAAUACCAUCAACAAUAUCAUAGCAGGAAGGCUCAUGCAAAUUGAAAUCCCCAGAUUCAGAAAAUCAAAAACAGUGGUUUAUGAAUCAGUAAUCAGAAAUCUCACAAGCUCAAGCAGCAAUCAGCUAGAAUUCAUUAUCGCUCAAACCAGAAAAGUUGAAGAGAGCCUAAAUUAA